AUGCGAUUCUCAUUUGAGGAAAUUUGUGGCCGUCCGUUGAGUGCCGCUGAUUACUUGGAGGUGACGAAGCAGUUUGGUACUCUGUUUAUCACAGACAUGCCGAAAAUGGGGAUGGACAGGAAGGAUAUGGUAUAUGCAUGCUACGAAUCUAAGACAAGGAUUUUUGUAUCGUCAGAAGUACCCAUAUACCAGAUCUUUUCGGAUGAUUCAGCGGGCUCAGGGAACAGCAUCUCAGAUCACAUGCGGAGUGUGAUGGAUGAUCUGGGCCUAUCUCCGGAAGUUGUGGGCUCAAGCUUGAUGUUCUCAGGCAACGAGGAAAUAUUUGCAUUUGUGCAGGCUUGCUUGCAGCUGGUGCAGAUGGGGAGCAGAGAAUGGGCAGAGACAGCUUCUCAAUAA